AUGGAUCCUACGCCCGAUAAAAAGGGCUUGAUCCAGCCGACAGGACAGACUCCUAUUUCAACCGCCAAUCUGCAACAGGGCGUAACCAAUCCGACUUCUGACCUCGGAGGCCUUGUUACUUUACCAGGGAUGAAUCAGGUUGGCCUUGAGAACCAUUUGCAGCUGCAUGGGGCAAACCAGACUACUCCUCCAACGAGCGUUUCGCAGACACCUGGAUCGGGCCAGCCUUUUGCUCUGCCUGGCUAUCAGAACCAGAAUCCAAUCAACAACAACACAAUGAGCUUUUUGCCGUCUUUUGGACCGAUUCAGAGUCCGAGCCCGGCGAAUCUUUUGCAGCCGUUUGGGAUGAACCAGACUCUCAACAACACAGACUUCUUGCAGUCAUCUGGGAUGAAUCAGACCCCUGCCCAUAUGAACUUUCUGCAACCGUCAGGAAUGUAUCAGACCUCUACCCAAGCAAACCCGGUGCAGCUGUACGGGAUGAAUUGGGGUAUGAACGCGAUGGGAUACCAGCAGCAAUUCGGAAUGAAUCCAAAUCUUGGUCCAAUGGGACAUCAACAGCUUCAGAUGAACCCAAACUACGUUCCUGCUGGAAUCCCAACUGGACUUCCUGAUGGUUCCACCGCGUUUGCCAGUGCGCCAUCUGGUAUCAACUUCUUUCCCACUCCGUCGCCUACCGUUUCUGGAUCCCCGAUGCAGUUCAACGUCAAUCAGCUCAUGAACCCUAGCAUGGAGCGGACGACGAACCAGUGGAUGAAUGCAAAUGUGGCCAUCCAUCAGCAACUCAAUCUUCCUGUUGCCAAUGGGCUUAACAAUUCGCCUAUCAGCAGUGGCAUGAGCAUGAAUGCAGGCAUGAUGCCUUCUUCGGAGACACUUCUUCCUGUUCAAAACGGGCUUCCUGUUCAAAACGGGCUUCCUGUUCAAAAUGGGCUUCCGAGUUUCACAAACAUGGGCAUGGACACGCAUCUUCAACACCUUCGUGCUUUCUCUGGCUUUAAAAACACGUCUACUGGAAAUGGCAUGAACACAAAUGUGAACUUCCUUCAGCAAACACGUGGUGCUGCCAUCACGGGUCUUCAAAACCCAUCUAUUGGAAAUGGCAUCCCGCAACAGCCACAGGCGCAACUUCCAAAAGCUCAUUCUAUCCAACAAGCUUUGCACCGGGCCGCGACAACAAAGAAGCAGGUUUUGGGUCCUCAACAUACAGGACCAACUCGAAUCAUCAAGAAGACGCUCAAUAGCAAUACCGCGUCUAGCUUGGGUAACAGUCUCAACAGAUAUGAUCUUAUUCGCAGCGUUACGCCUAUGAUGACGACCGCGGCUCCUCCCAUCACGCCUGAGCUUAGGGCUGCUAUGGAGGCUGCUCUCGCCAACGGCACCAAGGCUGCUGCUAAGACUGUUACUCCAAAGUCGUCCAAUGGUUCACAGAACAGUGCUCAAAAAACUCAACAGCCAGCUACGCAGAAAGGCAAACGGAAAGCUGAGCCAAGUCAACGUGCAACUCCACGGGCAGUCCGACGUUCAACUCAACAAGUACCUCAGACACCAGCCGAGAUGCCGCUUCAGCAGCCAGCUCCACAAACGACCCAGAAGGCAGUUGGAAAAACGGUUCAACAGACAACUCAAAAGCUAAGUCAGCAGCAGGUGCAGAAGUUGCUUCAGAAGCCGGUCAUUCCAUCAUCGGUUCAACAACCCGCUGGGGUCACGGCCCGAGACCCAGUUCAGAAGCAGACUGCCCGACAACAAGUCGGAGAGACAAUUAAACAACAAUACCAAGGGAUAAUUCAGCAGCAUGAGCGGCUAGUUCAAGAAUCAGUCCUCCAGCAGCCAGUCCAGCAGCCAGUCCAGCAGCCAGUCCAGCAGCCAGUCCAGCAGCCAGUCCAGCAGCCAGUCCAGCAGCCAGUCCAGCAGCCAGUCCAGCAACAGGAGCAACCAAUUCGAGAAUCAAUCAAACAGCCGACUCAGCAGACCGGAAUCUAG